CACGUAAUACCAACAUAAUCUGUAGUACCGGUUCCAUUAUGGCUGCUCCGUAUAGGUUAAAACUUUGGAGAGGUUGUAGUUUUGCUGAAAAUACCACUUCACUCUUUAAUGAAUAUUUAUUAAAAUACAUAACUGGAAACUUAAGACAGGUGAAAAGAUUCAGUGAUAGUAACAAGAGAAUUCCUCAAGUGGAAGUGCCAUUUUCGAAUGGGAAGAUUUUGUCACUAUCUACUGGCAAGUAUGCCAGAUUUGCUGAUGGGUGUGCUGUUGCAGAGGUUGGUGAUACAUCUGUUAUGGUAACAACUGUAAGCAAAACAAAACCUUCACCAUCCUCAUUUAUUCCACUGGUAGUAGAUUACAGGCAAAAAGCAGCUGCAGCCGGAAGGAUACCUACAAACUUCUUGAGAAGAGAACUGGGACCUACAGAGAAAGAGAUUCUAACAAGCAGGCUAAUCGACAGGUCGCUAAGGCCGCUGUUUCCUGAUGGAUAUAAUUGUGAGACCCAAGUUAUGUGUAAUCUUCUUGCUGUUGAUGGAGUGAAUGAUCCAGAUGUUAUUAGUAUCAAUGCAGCAUCAGCAGCCCUGACUUUAUCUGACAUACCUUGGAAUGGGCCAGUUGGAGCAGUCAGAGUUGGCUUUUGCAACAAUGAAGUUGUAAUAAACCCAACAAGAAGAGAACAGUCAGAAAGUAUUUUGAAUUUAGUUGUAAGUGCUACGCGUCACAACCUCGUUGUGAUGUUAGAAGCUGCAGCAGAUAAUAUUUUGCAACAGGAUUUCUUGAAAGCAAUCAAAACCGGUGUAAAAGAGUGUCAGAAUAUUAUACAAGCUAUACAGCAGCUCCAGAAACAUUAUGGUAAAGCAAAGCGUGAAUUUGAACCUCUGCUAAUACCGAGUGCAGCUGUUAUGGAAGCAGUAAGGAGUUUCAGUGAAAUCCGGUUAAGAGAAAUAUUCCGGGAUCACGCACAUGAUAAACUGUCAAGAGAUAUGGCAGUGUCUGCUGUGAGAACUGAUGUUGUUGAUAAACUUAAACAUAGCUUUGAUGAGGCUGUUGAUGUAAACAUCGUGACUGAAUGCUUUAAUCGUGUUAGCAAAGAGACUUUCAGAUCUUUGGUGUUUGAAGACAAUAUACGAUGUGAUGGUCGUAGCAUGGAAGAACUUCGGAAAAUUUCCUGUCAGGUAGAUCUGUACAAACCGUUGCAUGGAUCAUCUCUUUUUCAGAGAGGUCAGACUCAAGUAUUUUGUACCGUCGCUCUGGAUUCACCAGAGUCUGCUAUGAAGAUGGAUCCUGUUACUAUGCUUACAAGUGGACUGAAAGAGAAAAAUUUCUUUCUGCAUUAUGAAUUUCCACCGUAUGCUACAAAGGAAGUAGGUCGUAUUGGUCCUGUAGGCAGAAGAGAACUUGGGCAUGGAGCCCUGGCAGAAAAAGGUUUGCGACCUGUUGUAUCCAGUGACUUCCCAUUCACCAUUCGGCUUACAUCUGAAGUGCUGGAAUCCAAUGGAUCAUCUUCAAUGGCGACUGUAUGUGGAGGCAGUCUGGCACUGAUGGAUGCAGGGGUUCCCAUAUCUAGUCCAGCAGCUGGCGUUGCAAUUGGCCUCAUUAGUCGUUAUGCACACAAUGAUACCAAGCAUAUGGAAGACUACAAGCUUCUUACAGACAUCCUGGGUAUUGAAGACUACAUGGGUGACAUGGACUUCAAGUUAGCUGGUACAAAGAAGGGCAUCACAGCUCUGCAAGCUGAUAUCAAGAUUCCAGGACUUCCACUGAGAGUGGUCAUGGAGGCUAUUCAGGAAGCAACAGAUGCAAAAUCAAAAAUCAUUGACAUCAUGAAUGAAACUCUCAACAGGACAAGGAAACAGAAAAAAGAAAAUUGGCCAAUAUCUGAAAAAGUAGAAGUUCCUCCACAGAAGCGUGCAAAAUUUUUGGGACUUGGUGGUAGCAACUUGAAACGUCUGAUGGUUGAAACUGGUGUUCAGGUUACCCAAAUAGAAGAUUCCAUGUUCUCCAUUUUUGCUCCUAACCAAACAGCUAUGAAUGAAGCGAAGGAAUUGAUUGAUCAGUUUCUCAUAACUGAAAGAGAGCCAGAAUUAGAAUUUGGUGCUAUUUAUACAGCUAAGAUUGCUGAAGUACGAGACAUAGGUGUUAUGGUCACAUUGUAUCCUACAAUGAACCCAGCAUUACUGCACAAUUCCCAACUAGAUCAACGAAAGGUAAAUCAUCCCAGUGCAUUGGGCCUGGAAGUUGGAGAUGAGAUUCAGGUGAAAUAUUUUGGACGGGAUCCUGUCUCAGGCCUUAUGCGUCUUUCUAGGAAAGUUCUCCAGGGACCAGCUUCUGCAGUCCUCAGGAACCUCAACGAUAAGUGUUCCAGCUGAUUGCUGUCAUUAUUCCACAUAAUUGUACUGUAACACUUAAA